AUGAGCGGCUCAGGUUCCUGGGAAGACCCGUACGACCCGUGUCACCCGUCAUCGAACGACAGCGAUGAAGAGGGGCCUCAAUUCGGCUUCCAUGGUAUACACCACGAGCGGUAUGAAAGCCCUAAGUAUGCCACACAUGACAAAGCUGACGUUGAUAGCAGGGACCAUCACGCAAGACGCCAAGGGUACGGACCCGAACAGCGCGACAGCCAAGAAAGCCUCGUAAACGGUGAUACGCAUGAUGAUUCUGGACAGGCAUCGUACUCAUAUAACCCUCGUCUGGCCAUGCCUACCUUUGGUAACGACUCGGGUGAUGGCGCACAGCACGACCUGACGACGUACAAUGGACAGCACCAGUACAGUAUGCUACAGCCCAUCGAGGAUCCAACUGCGUACACGCCGACGCCCGGCUAUGAACUCCACGGUUACUAUACGCAGAAGUCUCAACAGCAGAACAGUCCCGCGAUUGAACCGUCUGUCGACUUUCAUAUGGCUGUCGACUUCGAUAUCGACUUCAACGUCGGCUUCGAUCCUGGACCCCUAGGAAUGGAAUUCGAUGCUGUGCCUGUGUCUGGAGAUCAAGUCGAAUACAGAGAAGAGGCCCCAUGGUCUUCGGAAAACCAUUACAACGAAUACUCUAGACCCCCGGUCGAGCAGCUAACUUCUUGGGCUAACCUGGUGGGGGCAUCCCAAACUAGCUCUGCCAGCCAUCAUAGUAGCGACACCGAGAAUCUGGUCUCUUCGUCUGCGGACUCAUCCGGGGAUGCCGAGGAUCCGGAUUGGGGAGAGUCCAGCGUAGCCACUAUGCGCCCGACUCAUCCUCUGCCUAGUAACCCAUCAGAUCAUUCGAGGGGCAAGGCUUCUUUAUACCACCUACAGGCCACACAGUCGGAGUUCAACGCGCAUACUCUAUCCCAGAUCGGACUGGAGUCCAUGGCACUUCUCGUCGGGAGUAAGUCUUCAUGUGCUAUUGGCGCCGUUGAUAAGUGCUAA